UCUUAAUGAUAAUCUAAUCAGCAUAAAUGGGUUGAAUCAUAUUGCACAAUCAGAUGUAAAUACUUCAAUGCCGUAUUGGCCAAUGCUUUAUAACAAACCACUGCUACGCGAAAACGCCAGAAUCAAUCUUUGAUAAAUAUAUACCAAGCAUUAUGUCGGAUGGCAUUACUAUGGUACCAGAAACUUCAACUAAAGAUUCAAAUGAAGUCACGUGGCAGAUUUUCUGGAUAACCACAGGAAUAUUGACUGUAAUCGUCAUUUUUCUACUCAUUGCAACAAUAUUUCUACUUUGUCAAUAUUGUAGAAAUCGCAGAAGACCCGCCAAUCAACAAACUACCGAGCAGCAGUCAACAGUCUUAUCUAAUAUGUACACGGAGCAAAACAGACGGCGCUCGAGUCGCUUUGACGGGCCAAAUGAAAUGAACUAUCCAGAAGAUUAUGAUGAUGUCGGCCAACAACCACGCUUCUACCCAGACAUGAGUAACAAUACCCAACCGAGUCGAAUUUACCGCCCAAAUCAACCGUUUCCCGAAAAAAUGCCACACCCUGCUCCGAGAAACUCAGUUCCCGAAACUAAUAUAGAUGACCAGUCAAACCUUCCACCUCCUCCAGGUCCCAAACCUGAUCAUAUGCGCCCAUCACAAUCUGAACCCCCAUCUUCACCCACAAAUACCCAAAAUUCUCCGUCUGAACACUCAAGUGACGGUUACGAAAAUGAAUCAAACUAUGACGAUACUGGAACUCCGGGAGAUAACAACAACUAUUACGAGACAACAAUUAUCCCGAAUGAACAACCUGUAUAUGAUGAAGUGGCGGCAGAGAAUGAAGCAUAUGAAAACUCAGAACGAUUAGUAUAAACUGAAGAAUAAAUAUUCAUAAAUAUUCCGUAGAGAUGAUAGCCGACAAGACAAAGUUUUUUCGCGGGUGGAGUCCGAACACCUCCCUAUUCCUUCACCGUUUGGUAUUUUUUGUAGUCAGUUUUGUAGAUAGUUUUUAUCAGUGGCGCUUAUUUUAUAAAAAUAGAUUGCGUUGCGUCAAAUAUUUUUUCAUCGGUUAUUUUACAAUCCAGGGUUUAAUACUAAAAGCCAGCCAAUGAAAGUGAUUGCAUAAAUGAAUUACACUCGAAAAGAUAUAUAAAUCACUGUCAAUUUGUUCAAAUAAAUAAAUGUAAUUGAUACUUAGAAUACACGAAUUGAUACUUAGUAGAACCUUUAGCUCGUGGCUCCCAGAGAAUUGCUACGUACCUCCUCCCCCAUCCUACCUAAAUGGGCGACGGCCAUGGUUUAUAUAUUGUUUACAUUUCGUAAUGGUGAUAUUUACCUUAGAUUGAUUGGUGCAAUAGAAAGAGGAGUGAAAUAAAAACAAAAUCAAAUGUUGAAGCGAAUUAAAAAUUUGAAAUAAAACUGGUAGAAACUGAAUAUUUUCGAGAAGUUUAAUUUUUUUUGUCAUUGCUUGUUUUUUACUAUUUUUUUUGAAUACACAUAAUUUGAAAAUUAUUCGAGUUUCGAUAUUAUUGACAAAAUUACAAGACAGCCCAUAGUGACUCUAAUGAAAUACUUCCAACUAAGCAUGACUGAAUAAUGGAUAACACAUCUCUAGCCUUUUAGGAUGAUAUUAGUGGAAUUCAUAUAUUCACGUGUUCCUAUGCCUAUGUUUUAAAUUUUGUUGCUUUUUAUAUGUUAUUAGAAAAUUUUUGCGCUGUGUUUUAAUUUUUAUAUCUCGUCCGUUUCUAUAAAUUAUAGUGCAACAUUUACAGUCAUUGUAAUUUGAGUAAUACAAUAAAAUCAAACUCAGUGAUAAUAUUUGCCUAUGUUUCUUGUAAAUUUAGAAUAUCUAUUCUAAGAAAUAAAUCUAGAGCAUACACUCAGACAACCGCGGCCGCGGUUUCGACCGCGGAUGAAUUACUCCCCAGCGUAAAAUUUCCAUGUUAUGGUGCAGUUUUUCAAAUUUUGUUCAGUUAUUUAGUAUUAUUAAAAUUCGUAAUUAAUGAUGUAAAAUAAUAUGUUUAUACUGUGCCGGAGUAGGAGUUAUGAGUAUAUCUGUAUAGCUUCGGACCCAAUAAAAAUUGAACAUCUAACGCAAAUAGAGUUUUUAUGCUCAGUGAGGGAGAAGAGAGGGUCCAAAACAGGGAAGAAUUAAAAAAAAAAACCUUCACCAAAAGUUCCACUUAACUUCUUAUUUUGUUUGUUUUUGCAUUCGUUCGUUUGUUUCAUUUCAUUUAUAUUUGCUUUUGUAUUUGCAUAGCAUUUGUGUUUGCUAGAUCUUUACUUAUAGAUUUGAAAAACCUUGUACAAAAUUGCAUGAUUCGCCUGAUUCUUGUUCAGUCACGCGGAGGCUACCUAAAAUAAGUUUGGAAUUACAAAGGGUAAUGAAACAGUGACGUAAGUUUUACGGAAGGUUUUACAAUAGCUCAAUCUAUAUGUACCAUUGGGUGAAAAAACCUUGUUCUUCAUGAAACUAAAAUACAUCAUCCUAAUAUUAUAUUGUUUAUAAUUUUAGACAUAUCUAUAAAUUUUCGUUCCAUCAAGCCCUUUAAGUAUCAUGUGGUAUUUAUCAUAUAUUUAAAAAAUGACUUGACGUU